AUGACCAGCCUCGACACUAGCUUAGCACAGUUAGGUCUUCAGCCUGCACCUGCAGAACCCGAACCCACGGUGGCUGAGCCUGAACUGGAGCCGGAAGAGUCACAAGCAGGGUUUGAUCCGACGGACAUGGAUUUAGGAGAAGAGCCUGAGGAGGAGCCCGAAGAAGAGGAGCCCGAAGAAAAACCUGAAGAAGAACCCGAGGAGGAACCGAAAGAAGAGCUAGAGGAAGAACCCGAGGAAGAACCGGAGGAAGAGCCGCCGAUUGAUGUUCCAGACGAUUAUGAUGAUGAGCCGAUCGAGAUUGAGGCGGAUUCUAAGUCUUCAGAGGAGCAUGUGGAUCAGGGGGAGUCAGAUUCAGGUUCUGGGGAGAUCGACUCAGAGUGGACACCGUCUAGAGGACGUAGGGGUUAG